AAAUGUUCUCUUUUCCCUUAGGCCUCCGACAUGAGAGUCACACCCUUCAUAACCUUGCUCUGGCCCUUCUCCAUGCUACUACUAUCUGACAAAAGCCAGGCUUCUCAAGCAGAAGUCAAAUGUAAUUUCAGCAGAAGGAAUCAUGCUUUGAUUCCAGAGGGUAUCAGUAACAACGUGACCAUCCUUGAUCUUAGUUAUAACGAAAUCACUCUGAAUGCUUCAGACAUCAGGGAACUACAGAUGCAUCCUCUGCUCACUGAGCUCUACCUGAUGAAGAAUAACAUCACUGUGCUAUGUAACAGUAGCUUCAGUAAGCUCUUCAACCUAGAAAUUUUAAAUAUCUGUGGAAAUUCCAUUAGUGUAAUUCAACAGGGCUCAUUUGUUGGAUUAAACGGACUAAAACAGCUGCAUCUUUGCCAAAACAAGAUAUUACAACUAAACCCUGAUAUAUUUGCGCCUCUAAACAACUUGAAAAUUCUGAAUCUGCAAGGCAAUUUGAUGCACCACAUUGACGCACCACAGCUACUGCAUCUGGAGUUACUAACUCUGGACGGAAACCCAUGGAACUGUACCUGUCGUCUACUUGAGUUGCAGAACUGGCUGAACACGUCCAAUGUGACAUUAGAAAACGAGAACAUCACCAUGUGCAGCUCCCCAGAUGACCUAAAGCACUGCAGCAUCAAGUCAGCACCUUUCACAGCUGACUGCCAGUCUAAACUCAUCUCCACUGGAACUGAAGAUCUUUAUAUUGAUUUUCAGUCCAUCAGGAAUUCAACUUCAAACAACUUAACACGGAACUCAGAACAUGAGCCUCCUGGCAGAAGCUGGGCUUUCUUCGUUGGUGUUGUCGUCACUGUCAUGCUAACGUCACUACUCAUCUUCAUUGCUAUCAAGUGCCCAAUAUGGUACAACAUUCUGUUAAGUUACAAUCACCACCGCCUGGAAGAGCACGAAGCAGAAACCUAUGAAAAUGGUCUUACAAGAAACCCAAGUUCUCUUUCACAGAUAACAGAUACGAACUCUGAAGACACCACAGUAAUAUUUGAACAGCUGCAUUCAUUUGUGGCAGAUGAUGAUGGCUUUAUUGAAGACAGAUAUAUAGAUAUCAAUGAGGUUCAUGAAGAAAAAUAAUUAUACUGUGUUGAAUAUUAUUAAAAAUAUCAGUCUGUUUAUAGCUUAGACAAAACG